GCAGCAGGUGGCACUGAAGCCCCCUUGUAUGGCUAUAGAGCAUCCUGACCUGCCUCAGCCACUGCUCUGAAACCCCCUCCCCUUUUUAAACCUUUCAUUAAUGUGCUCAGCUGGUCCUGGCACUCUCCUGCCCAUACUCCAGAGGUACUUGCCAGUGGGAGAGGCUGUCAUGCCCCUUCCUCAAUGCCCUAGUGACUCAGCACCUUGACCAUGGCUCUUCAGGCCGGAGGAGACAUGUUCCAGAUCACAGGUGUAGUCAGGGGCACACUAGGUUGUGGAUGAAAGUGUCUUCAUUCCAAACGUAGCUCUUCUAUCCCACCUCCCUCCCCAUUACCCCAGCCAGGCCACACUGAGCUGCUGUGUGAUCCCAGUCUAGUAGCAGGCCUUCUCUGAGUCAGCCUAAGGGUUACAUUAGUUGUUGAGACCAGUGACCCUGAGGGACUUGGGUGGAAGAGUUUAGCAUUCAGCACCCUGGUUUAUGGGGGUUCUGUCCAGAUCUUGAACUUGAUACCCUUUGCUCAGCUGCUUUGAAGGACUGGUUCCUAGAAGGGCGGGACUUAGGAUGCUGCUGUGUUGCUUCAUCACUGCCUCUACAAAUAAGAUAUGCUGAAACUUGCCAUCCUCCUUACCCCUCGCAUGUCCGUGUAUGCACAGAUGCCCGGUGUUUACAAUGAGAUGGCCUAAGAGGGUUAAACUCCGGCUACUCCAUUACUACUAGUGGGAAAAGCAAAGCAUCCACAGAGGGCUAGCCACUGCCUGCCAGUCUUCCACAGGCACAAGGGACGCUCCUGUUCAGUGAGGGUGGGUGGAGAACGGGGUGGGCUAUGGGACGACACACAGAGGAGUAGGGGUUCACAGCUCAGAAUGGAUCGCGGCCCAUCUGUCCACGCUUCCUCAAGCUGGGACCAUGGCAAAGGCUGAUACAUCAGAGGGAACUUGGGCUAGACUCCAGCUGUGGGAGGUGGAGGUACAGAGAGCUGGCCAGGGGCCCCUACCCACUGUGCAGCGCCCUGCAGCAGGAGGGAGUCAGCAUGAGGACUUGCUGUGGAAUCUUCCUGUACUUCCUUGCUGGAGACUCCUGCAGGACUGCCCUGCGCAGGUCUUCCGCAGAGCAGACAAGAAUGAUGACGGCAAGCUCUCAUUUGAAGAGUUCCAGAGUUACUUUGCGGACGGGGUUCUCAGCUCGGUGGAGCUGCGGGAGCUGUUCAGCGGCGUUGAUGGACACCUCACCGACAAUUUAGAAACAGAGAAACUGUGUGACUAUUUCUCCAAACACCUGGGUGUCUAUCGGCCUGUGUUGGCCGCAUUGGAGUCACUGAACCGUGCGGUGCUCACUGCCAUGGAUACUACAAAGCUGGAGUAUGAACAGGCCUCCAAGGUGGACCAGUUUGUCACACGAUUUCUGCUUCGGGAGACUGUGAAUCAGUUACAAGCCCUGCAGAGCUCCUUGGAGGGGGCAUCAGACACCCUGGAGGUCCAGGCCCGUGGUCAGCGGUGCGUGAGUGCUGUUGACCUUUGGUUGGAUGAAGAAAACAUGAAGGUGCAGAGGAGGUUCCCUGGCAGCAGGCAGGCAGGACGAAGAGCCCUGAGGAGCAUCAGCUGGUCACCAACCUGCUCUCCUAGAUCUGCUGAUACAGGGUGGAAUUCAGAGGCUGAGCUGCAGUGGCGGCUGCAGGUCAACCGCCUCCAGGAGCUCAUAGACCAGCUUGAAUGCAAGGCACCCCGGCUGGAACCCCUGCAUGAAGAGGACUGUGCCAAGGGUCCUGACUCGCACAUCCUUGUGGCACAAAGGCAAGUACAGGUGGCAGAGGAUGCCCUGCAGGAUUUUCACCGUGCCCUGUGCUGCUACAUGAACUUCACAGGGGCCCAGAGCCAUUGUCUGCAUGUGUCUGCCGAGAAGAUGCUAGACCAUGCUGCCUUCACUCUAUAUGAGUUCUGGCAGGAUGAAGCAUCCUGGAGAAGGCACCAGCAGUCGCCCUGCAGCAAGGCCUUCCAGCGUACCCUCAUCGAUCACCUGCGGGCCCCGGACACUCUCACCACUGUGUUCUUCCCAGCCUCCUGGUGGAUUGUGAAUAAUAACUGAGUCGGGUCUGCUUAAGCUGGGGACUCUCCAGCCCAGCCUACCAUUAUAGAGCCUCCUGCAUUGGUCAACUCUACACUAAGACCAAGUAGCUGCCUGUUCCCAGGCUAAGGGUCUGAUCAGCUGGUAGAGGGUGUCAGCACAGGGACCAGGGACUGGGCUGCUUGCUUAUUUAUUUUAAUGUUUGUAGCUUCCAAGCACCUGGGCUUCUGCCUGACUCAGGAAGCCCAGAUUCUGGUUCCUUUAUUCUCUGCCUUGCUGUGUGUCCCAGGCAGAUCCCUUCCCUCUCUGGCUGCCUAGGGGUGUCCUGCUUUCUACUUGCUGUUUUGGGGUUAGGUUUCUGUUCUUCCUCAACCAGUGGCAGAACCAGGGCUGAUGCUCAGGGACCCCCCCCAAACCCUGGAACCUUGACCCCGACCAACUCAUAGUCUGUAGUGUAGAGUAGAAACCUGGGUAUCUAUCACUCUUCUGGGUCAGCCCUAGAAUUUCUAGCAUCAGUGGUUGUACCAGAGACCUCUAGAGGAUCCUGGGUUGGUUUGCAUGUUACCUGCAUAUCAUUUGCAUGACCUCACCCCACCCAUCGGCAUCUCAGGGCACUAUGAGAGCCCCAAGAAGACCUUGCAGAGUAGCAAUAAUUUGGGCUUAGAGUUGUCUGCUGUCCCAGAGAUCACUGAAUCCAAGUCUGGGACCCCAGCACAGAGGCAAUAAAGUUGGUGGUCACCUGU